CAGCACAGCAGCAGUCAACGGAAGGAGUCACCUCUAGAGAGUGUUUUUGGGAUUGUUCAGGAGUUUUUAAUUUAUUACAAAUGGUACAGACACGCAGUAUGAAACGGAAGGAGGAACAGAGGGCCGAACGAAGGGUCACACGAGAGAAAAAUAAGAAAUUCAGGGAAAAUUGGGAACUGAUUGACCUCGUCGAUUCAACAAACGAAAUGGAGGAGGAGGAGGAGUUAACUUUCUUUCAGCAUACUACGAGAGACGAUAGUGAUUAUCCACUCUCGCCAGGUUCUUCCCAGAUUGAGAGAGCUAGUCCUUUGGAGCCUCCGUUUCGAGGUUUUUCAAUUUUGCAAGAUUCUCGUCAGACUGUAGCAGCAUUUGACACUAUCGAGUCUUCACUUGCAAGUUCCGAAGGGGAUUAUCAAUCUACAGAGAAUUUGACCUCUUCGAGUGAUGUCUCAAGUGGUGUCCCAAGAAUCCCAGCUGUCAGUCAACUACACGUGGGAGAACGAUCAUCUAAAAGAGACAACCUCGAAAAACUAGUUCACAGGCUCCUGAAUAAAAAAGUCAAACAGGAAUUGCAGGACCCUCUUCAAGAAGUUCAGGCACCUCUUCAGGAAUUGCAGCCCACAGCCCAUGUCUGCCCUGACUCACAACUCAGUCCUCCUCACGUACCUCAGCAGCCCCCGAAUACCCCCGACAGGAAUAGUCCAGCCCGCAGGGCUUUACAAGGUAAAAAAGAGAGGGCCGAACAGAGAAUCGAACCAGAAAAACCUGAGAAAUCCAUGAAAACUCUAGAACUGAUUGAUCUCGUCGAUUCAAUGGAUGGUAAAAAAGAGAGGGCCGAACAGAUGGUCAAACCAGAAAAACCUGAGGAGUCCAUGAAAACUCCGGAACUGAUUGACCUCAUCGAUUCAAUGGAUGAAGUCAUGGUGCAACAUAACAUCAGAAGUAAUGACCACAGAAGCAUACCAUCGUUCCUCAACCUUCCGUUUGAUAAUCGUUGGACUGUGGGAGGAGCCCCUCGUCACUCAGGAAAUAAUUACCGUUGGGGCUUUACGGGAGCAGGGAAUCACCACAGGCCCAGACCAGCACCCUAUCCACAACUUUACUCCUGCAGUAAAUCCUGUGCGGAUCAGUGUUCAGCAGACGAGACGAUGAGGAGUGUCUUUGUUGGAAAUAUUGCGCAUAAAGCAACAGAGGAGGAUCUGUGGACGAUCUUUGGUCAGAUCGGACCACUUGAUUCGGUCAGAUUGAUAUAUGACAGAAAGAUAGGAAGGGCCAGUGGCUUUGGUUUCGUGGCGUACAAGGAUCAGGAAACAGCCCUGAAGGCAAUACAGUCCCUGAAUGGCUACGAGCUCAGAGGAAAGAUGCUCAUAGUCGACAAAGCCAAUGAAAAAAAAUCAAAGAUUUCAAAGGUCUCAUGUACAGUCACUCACUAGUUCGUGAACAACCUGAACUUGCAGACUGUGUAUUCCGUUCACGAACUUUAGUGGACUUAACAAAGAUGUUUGUAUAUUUGUAUCUUUUACCUUGAAAUGCUGUGAUUUUAAAUUUUACAAGGGGAAUAAUUGUUUACGUGAAUUUGAAAAUAUCUGUACAUCUAGGUAUUUGUUAAAAAUUGAAGAGACUACAGACUUCAAAGAAUGAUCAUAACAAUAUAUUUUACAGUUGUGAUUAUCGCGAUUUAAUUGGAACAAUCGAAAUAUGAGAGAAUCAAAAAUUCGAAUCGAACAGAAAUACUUUUUAUGCCAAGCAUAAAGGUAUGUGUUCAUUAGAAAUAACAUUGAAAAAACUUGGGGAGUGUUAUAACAGUUACUUUUAUAUUCAUUUUUUGUUUAUGUAUUUGUAUAUUUGCAUAUUCUGCCUUCAAAUAGCCUUGAAAUGCUGUGAUUUGAAUUUUAUAAUAUGCAUAAUUGUUUUCUUGGAUGGGAAAAGACUAUAUAGAUUGUAAGUAUAUCAGAAGUGAUCGUAACAAUAUCUUUUAUUGUCAUGAUUAUCGCCGUUUAAAAAUGUGAUGGGUUGAUACAAAUGGAUAAAACCCGAAUUUUCAGUACCUCAAGGUAAACGCUUUAACACUAAAAAACGGUCUCUUUAUCAAUUUCCAAAAUGUGUUUUUGCUUGCAAUAUCUCUGGCCCCAAGUUUCUAGAAUGAUAAUUUGAAUAAUGGAAAUAUGAAAAAAAAAAAUUGAACCGAUAUACUUGUUAAGCCAAAAGUGUCUAUGUAUAGGUUCAUGAGAGAAAACACUGAAAAAACUUGGGGAAUGUGAUAACAGAGUUUUUUUUAAAUUUUAAUAAGAUGAACGUUUUAGUUCGUAAUAACAUACAUAUAUGUAUGUACGUCUAUACAUUUUAUAUUUAUGUUUUGUUCAUGUAUUUAUAUAUUCGUACCUUUCGCCUUGAAAUACUGUGAUAUUGAAUUUUGCAAUACACAUAACUGUUUCCUUCGAUGGGACAAUAUUUGUAUAUCUAGUUUGUUAACAAAUAUGAAAGACUGCAAAUUUCACGUAUAUGAGAAGGAAUGAUUAUAACAUUGUAUUUUGUAGGCAUGAUUAUCGCUAUUUAAAACUGUGAUGUUCGAUAGGAUCAAUGGUUAAAAUUUGAAUGUUCAGUAUCUCAAGGUAAACUUUAGCCCCAAAAAUAGUUUCAUUAUUAAGUUCCAAAAUGUGUUUUUGCUUGCAGUGCCUCUGGCCCCAAAUUUAUAGAAUGAUAAUUUCAAUAAUCGAAGUAUGAGAGAAUAAAAAAAAAUCGAACAGAAAUACUUGUUAUGCCAAAAGUGUAUAUGCAUGGGUUCAUUUAAGAAAACACUGAAAAAAAAUUGUUUUUAUAAAUUUCAAUAAAAUAAUCGUUUUUUGUUUGUCAUAACACA